AUGGCGCACUCUGAAGUUGGGACUGCGACAAGUAGCGAAGAGGAGCAGAAAGAACAAAAGCUAAUUGAUGUCAUGUUUCUCUGUGACGAAUGGAAAUCUUCGAAAGGUGGAUUAUCAACUUUCAACCGAGAAUUUGCUAUUAAUUUGGCACAAGCGACGACUGGUAGCAUGAAAAUCCACUGCUAUGUUUCUAAUAGCGAUGAUCGGGACAGAGAAGAAGCUAAACAACAUGGUGUUAAUUUAAUCACAGCUCGAAAUGUUCCUGGUUCAGCCGAUCCCCUCGAGUGCUUGAAGUUUUCACCCUCAGAGCUCCCAAACCCACAUCUGGUGAUAGGCCAUGGAAGAAAGCUAGGUAUUCCAGCGUAUUCUCUUGUUCAGAAUACAAAGUGUAAAUGGAUCCAAUUUGUACACGUCUACUGUGAGAACCUUGGGAAAUAUAAAGAAUCUUCCACGGCUGCAGAAGAUACAAUCGAAGAGAACGAGAGGAAGCACAAGAUGGAAAUUGAGUUGUGUAAAGCAGCGGAUGCAGUUGUAGCUGUUGGCUCACGUCUGCAACAGUUGUACAGUAGAAGUCUUGUUAAUGUUAAAGUGGAGCUUAUUACUCCUGGGAUCUUUGAAAAGUUUUCAAAUAAAUCACAGUUGGCUGUAGACAGAACAGUAGUCAAGAACUUCAAUGUGUUUAUGUUUGGCCGAGCAACCUUUGAGGAUCUUUCCCUGAAAGGCUACGAUAUAAUUGCAAAUGCCAUUGGUUCUCUUGGUAGGAAGUUCAAACUGACUUUUGUAGGUUCAUCUCCUGGUGAGCACCAAAAAGUGGAACAGUGGUUUCUUGAAAAAACCAGCAUAAAGCGCAACCAACUAACCAUUCGUAGUUACUGCAGCCAACAAGAGGAACUUAAGAUGAUGUUCUAUCAGUCAGAUUUGGUUUCCUUGCCUUCCCGUACUGAGGGCUUUGGGUUGGUGGCCCUGGAGGCCAUUUCUGCUGGUGUUCCUGUUCUUAUGUCUGGCGAAUCGGGAGUAGCUGAGGUUUUGCAUAAAGUAGAGGGUGGACAGUCUGUAGUUAUUGAAUCAGAUGAUGAUGCAGCUCAAUGGGCGCAAAGGAUUCAAGAGUUGUCUAAUCAAAGUCCAGAAGAGCGACUAACCAAUGCAAUGAAGCUUCGAGAGAACUACAGCAAGGUUUACUCUUGGAGUGGAGAAUGUGAUAGAUUUAAAGAAAUGAUCAAGAACAUAGUCAAAACUUCAAAUGGUAUUGUAUGUUGUUUGGUUUUACUUUAAUUUGCUCAUGUGAUGUAAAUACUGUGCUUUUCAUUUUAUGUAGUGCACAAGAAGGUGUUAAGAUCUAGCAUCUGCAAUCUGUUCUUUGAGCCAAAGUUGAGGACAAGUGUAUGCAUGUAGAUGAUAGUACAAGGAAGUCUGGUUGUUACUGGAAUCAAAUUUCGCUAAUGAUUUUAAUCAAAAUGUUACCUGCAUUGAGAAUGUUUUUUUUUUUUCACUUUUAAAACUAUUUUGAACUUCAUUUGUUAGGAAACAAAAUUGUUGACCCUGAAAAAUUACAUCUAUGAUUGUCCAUUCGCAGCCAGCUGAUAUGUUUGAAGUUAAACCUUAUCUUAUUGUAAAGCUGGCAGUGCCCGUUGGCAAGAUAAGGUGAAUCUUGUGUUCUGAUUGACUACACAAGCAAGCAAGAAGGGAUUGUCAGCUUUGAUCCCAUGCAAAUAAAAAAUUUGGGGUAACAAACUUCCACCAUUUGUUAUUUUUAUGAAAAUUAGAAUGUUUAAUAUUGGUAAUUGUAAAACUGUCAAAUUACCUUAUUUUUGAUUUGUCAGAUGAAAAACUAUCAGGUACCUUCACAAUUGGCUUUCUUUCCUAGCACUCAAAAAUAAAUCAGUCCUUCUUGAUUCUGAUAUUCUUCUCAAAGUGCAAUCUUUUUGCUGUAUGAUAAGUCUUUUAUUGACCAAGCUUGUUUGGUCAAGAUGGCUGGUUAUUAACCUCAUCUUCUUUUUGCAUUUUUAUGGACCAAGAGGGUCCAGAUAUCUUGACCUCACCCUUGGUCAAUAUUGAAUAUCAACUAUCCUUUGCGCUGAAUGUGUGUUACAAGUGAAUUUGAAGUACAACUUUAACUUAAACUUUUUGUUCCAAAUCAACAGAUGCAAAAUUAAAUAUCAAUGUUGAUGUGAAAAACCUGAAAACUUCAGAUCCAGACAUGCACAGCACAGUUUCAGAGCCUGCUUUACAUCAGAGGGCAACCACAGAGUCAGGCACAUGUAGGAAAAGAAGAUCUGAUACAGAAAUAGAUGAUCUCCCAGCGCUUAAAGAGAAAGCCUUGUGUUUAAUUGCUAUAAACUACCUUCAGACUACACCACCACAGUCAAGAGAUGAGCGUAAUGAAUUUAAAGAAUACUUGAAAGAAAUGGGGUUUGUCAUCACAGGUGCUUCUAUGGGAAGCUUGGUGAUAAGAGUGGAGUGUGAUUCUCCUCAGAGCUUGGAGAAAUUGUGGGAAGAUUACCUAUGCAACCGUUUGGACAAGAUGGUUCAGGAUUGUUUUGUCACUGAGAAGAUCUUGAAGGAACUGAACCUAACUGAGCUGAAGCUGAAAACAACAAUGGAUGAGGAAGAGUACAAUGCAUGCAGAGCACUUUUUAAAAAGGAUGCACCCAGAGGUUAGUAAUAAGAGAGUAACCUGGUCCUUUCAUUUAUUUUUUGCAAAAAGUGUUUCCUCUCCAACAUACAACACCACCAGGUUUGCAGAGAGAGAUCAUGUACUGAAGGCUCCAGUUUAGAUAAAACUACAUGUUGCAGUAAUAACUACUUAUGCAAUGAACAUUUGAAGAAUCAUCCUAGUGCUAUGAUAUUUAUUUGAUUCAAAGUAUGAAAAAAAAUAUUCAUUUUUGAUGGAGCUAAUGAUUGCUGUCCCUGUCUGGGAGAUGAGCCCUCCAGACACAAUAAAUACAUAGAUGUCAAAGGUGUCAUGGUAGCAUCCCUGUUGUUAAUGUCAAAUUUAUAACAAGGCAUGAUGCUUAAUAUAUCUGUUUGUAGCUGUUCCUUCCUCUUUAUUUUCCACCACUAAUCCUGGAGAGGAAGCUGCAGUCUCUCAGCCCCACUUGAUAAGGUCCACCACUGGAGGUUGGCAGAAACAAGAAGAGCUUAAGAGAUGGGAGCAGGAGAUAGAGACUGUGCAGCCAGAGAAAUCUAAAGGUGAACACCAAAACUUUAAAGAACUUGAUCAUUGAGAAAGCAAACCAAAAAAAAAAUUUUUUUUGGUUUACUUGGAAACUGUUUACUUUUAGUGAAAAGUUGCUUUGAAAAGUUAUUGUAUUUCUACCAGGUAUCAAGAAUAAACUGUGGCAGUUCACUAAUAUUUUAAUGAUCUUGAUGAUACAACUUGUUGAUACUACUUUUAAAAAGCCUUAUUGAAUUAGGGCACUAAAUACUAAAUUUUCUAUGUGCAUUUUUGCCCUAAGAUACUCUGUACCCUGCUGCAUUGUCCACCUCAGGUUCUAAAAGAAAACAAGAACUUUUUAAAUCAAUGAAACAACAAGAAGAAAGAGUAUAUGGAGAAUAUCAGAUUUUACUUCUUUGGGAAGAAGGUAAACUUAAAACUGAAAGUGCUUUCAGAUCUUAUGUCAGGUGUUUUUUUUGCUGAGGAAUUCCAGUGUAGUUUUUUUUUGUCCCACUAUCCCUCAUAAAGGAGUGUUGAUUCAGCUUUUCAGUGCAGCUGUAUUCAACGAUUUUUUCCAGUAAUUUGUUGGAGAAAACAACAUCACAGAGUGUUCUACACAAUUUUUUUCCUCAUUUUAUUCUUCUUGAAGGGAGUCUUGAUUUGCCAAUAUCAUUAACGGAUUAAACAGCAGUAAUUUCAUUACAUGCACCUGUUUUCAUGGAUGAUGUACUGGACAAACGAGACUCUCUGCAUUCACAAGACGGUGAUUUAUUUUGUUAGGCUUUAUUGCCAGUCAUUUUUUGUGAGAUGAUCCGUGAGGCGUGUGAAAGUGGAAGGUUGUUAAGCGUACAUGUCAGUAACGUUUUGGAAAGGUGUUUUUUUUUUCACAAUAAGGUGAUUACAACUAAUGUGUCUGUGUGCUUUUCCUCUUAGGUACCUAACCUCUAUGGUAUUUUCCACCACUGAUCUCAACGAUGAGAAAGAAGGUGGUAAGUUUCUAAAGAGUAAUGUUUGAAUGUUAAAAAAAGAAAAUUUUUCUUAGUUCAAUUUAUUGAAUUUGAUUUGGGAAAAUCAUCAAAGUUUUGGGAUUUUUCUCAAAUCAAAUUUAGUUUCACGUAAACGUUGAAGCCCAAGUUUGUCAUGAAUUUUAUCUAAUGGAUCUUUUUUCGUCUCAAACUCAAAGCUCUAGUCUUAAAAGUAAAAGUUUAAUAUUUCUUAUAUUUGUACUAUUCGACAGUCCCUUGUAUCAAGGUGUUUAUAUGCCAAGCUUCCAAACCAAGGCGCUGAUGGUAACGCCGAUUAGUGGUGAUAAUUUUAGACUUCUCCCACCCAAUUGUAUGGUUAGUUAGGUAUAUGUGCUCCAAUAAAGCUGAAUUUUCUUUUUUGCCAAAGAAAACCGCUUUUUGAUGCUCUUUCAAACGUGUACCAAAUUGACGUUUGGUCUGUCCGUUUGGAAGCUUAGCAUAUUUACUCCGCUCACGCUUCUUUAAAUCGUGAUAAUGGUGGCUUACUUCCUGACGCCCAUUUACACCACGUCAGAAAAAAGGCAGCUAAUUAGUGAUCGUAUGAAAGGACCUCUAGAUCACCCCUGAUGAAGGCACUAGACAUUAGUGUCGAAACGUUUGGUCUAUGAAUUGUAACUUCUUCGGUUACAUUCAUUAAAUCUAUAAACCAAAGCUCUCCAUAGCUCUCAGUCGCAGUGAUCUAAACAGCUUGACCCUCUCUUUCAGUAGUUUAUCGAAACAAGGAAUCAAGCUCUUGUCCAAGACAAUAACGUAUAGAAAUUGCAAGAAAUUAACCAGACCUAAUGUCAGUGGCAAUCACGCACGUUUGUGAAGCCCUAACUAGCGGUAACUGCGAGUUAACCAGGCUGGAUUUGUGUCAGUUCUCUUGGAAAUGAAGGGAUGAAACUCUUGUCUGAAGCAAUAACCUCGGUUAAUUGCAAUUAACGUUGUUAGACGUCAGUUGGAAUAACAGAGGAAACGAUGGAAUAAAGCUGAGCACUUGUGUACAGCAUUCACCAGCAGUGCAUUCAAGUUGUCUGGCCUAAACGCCAGACAUAAUCGUGCUGACGAUAAAGGAAUAAAUUACUUAUGUCAUGCUCUGACUGAUACCAACUGCAAACUAGGCAUUUUAGACCUUAGAAGCAAUUCAAGUGUAACUGUUCAAGGAAGGAAGUAUUUGUGUCAUGCCUAGACCGGCAGUGAUUGGAAAAUGGAAGGCCUUAAGCUUUUCCGUUGAACUACAAAGUGAGGAAUCUGCUUAGAACUCAGUCCAGUCGCAUUUCGCUUGUCUUGUAAGAUGUUUUACUUGCAGGAGACUGAGAUGUUCUUAGUUCUCUUUAGAGUGAUAUAGGUACGGGAUCGUCCAAUUGUUUGUCUUACUAUUUUGACUUUGGUUAUCGAAAGGAAUGGUUUUAUCGACUGGCUUCGUGGCAGUCAAAACGUCGCGAACAGCAAUUGUUACAGUCUCCUUCGUAGUCAUUCUUCAGGACGUCUUUCAAGGCUCUCCUCAUCCCAAAGAACGGCUGUGCCGGAGAUUACGAUCAUUAGUGAAUUUAGACCAUCAGAAAAACCAUUAAUUGUUCAUUCAAUCAGAUACAAUCCAUUUUUUGCAAUAUGGAAAUAGAGCGCAUUGCGAUGAAGUGUCGUAAUAACAACACCAAAGUAAUUACAACAACCAAACUGAACAAAGAAAAAUAUCGUAUAGAGUCAACGAGGAACCACACUAAACUACUAUUUAUUUUAUCACCAAAAAAAACUGUGUAAAGAUAAAAAAUCAGUAUCAAUAAGCUAUCAGUAAAGUAGCAAAAGAAUUUAUUUUAUGAUUCUGGUCCCAGCUUCUGAUGAAUAUGCCAAGAGAAGAAAGUUUUGUAAAGCAGUAGAAAGAAUUGUCACGAAGGGAUAAGCCCCGUUGAAAUUGGUUUUUUAGCUUUAGAUGAGUUCGCUUACAACUAAUGUUAGAUCGCCAACGACCCCGAUAAGUCCCCUGGCAACUUGGGCAAGGUCAGCUACAAUCUCAGUCAGUGGGCUGUCAACCAAGGCCAGUUCACCAACAAUCCAAGCGUGUCGGCCUUUAACGUAUCAAGGAAACUCGCUCAACAUUGAUAACAAUAGGCUUUGUUAUAAUAACCCUAGAAGGCUAUUUUUGAACAAUGGCGCAACAGCUUCAGAACACAUGAGGGAUUUCGAAGUUUCCUAUUAGCAUACGAGCGGGAAAUUUAAACGCUCAGAAGGGCUGAAGGAAGGACAGCAAAAAGAACAUUUGAGGGGAGAAAAUUGGAGGGGGAAACUUUCACUUUCUCGCUCGACGGACUAUCGAAUCACGACUUCGCCGCGCCCAGAUUUAUCUUUCACAGUAUGAGAGCAGUUCAAAUCUCGCGCGCUACGCAAGUUAGACUUAAUUCUUUGUUUGCAUAAUAGGUAAUGGUAACAGGAC